UUCCAAUCCAGAUGUUGUACGUCUAGACGUCAUCGUCCAUUCUGCUGAAGACCUGAAGAUGACUCUCUACCGAAAAGUCAUGCGGCUGUUUGGUUAUGACAAGGUGAAUCCUUAUGUUGAACUUCACAUCACGAAACCGUGGGAAAAGGCAAAAGAAGCUGCGAAACAAAAGACAGCAUUUAAACUACUCACAAACACGCCUCAGUGGGAGGAAGAGAUAUCUUUUCUUAUUGAUAAACGUGAUGGAGCGGGACAGCUUACGUUAACUCUCUGUGACUCUCUUCUUGUCGGUUAUUCCCUGUCAAGUCCCUGUGUCAUUGAUCUGGAUAAGAUCACUUUGGAUCAACCCUUUGCGGAAAGAGAAGCGUCCCUUGAUGGUAAAGGAAAGUUGAAAUAUUCUAUCCGAAUGAGAAAACCAACUGCUGAUGUAAGAUUUGGCACAGAUCUACACGAGAAAGAAAAGGCCAUUUUGACACAAAGAAGCGAAAGCGCUGCUAGAGCUAUCAAGACACUUUUGCGACAACCCAAAGCGUCUAAGGUUCCUAACAUCAGUUUGAUUGGAUCUGGUGGCGGCUUUCGAGCUAUGAUUGGCGUGUCUGGUGCAAUGGCAGCAUUGCAGGAAGCAGGACUAUUAGACUGCUGCACAUACAUGUCUUCUCUGUCUGGAUCUACAUGGUAUUUGUCACUGCUAUACGCACUGACAGAAGGCAUGGAUAUUAACAAAUGCAAAGACUAUGUGAGAGAGCGAUGUUCAGCUAUGGCACCAGUCAUGAAUUCGAAAGUACGUACAGUCAAGCAUCGCUUUGAUGAAGUUUCAAGGAAGCUUCGUGAUGGACUGCACGUGUCAGUAGUCGAUCUCUGGACGUCUCUUUUGGAAGAAGUGCUUCAUUCAGGAAUGGAGAAAAAGGAAAGGACUCGACUUUCUGAUGCUCAACGGCUUGCAGCGUCCUGUCAGAUGCCUUUUCCAAUCUACACUGCUGUGGCUGUAGAGCGACACAAUCAUGAAGAGGUCUUCGCUGAGUGGUUGGAAUUUACUCCGUUUGAGUAUGGAAUACACAAAAUGAAACUUUUCACAGCAAUUGAAAAUAUCAGCAGCGAAAGAACCUGCGGUAUAGUCAGCAGGCGAUACCACCAGUUCAAUGUGCCUUAUUUGCAAGCUCUCUGGGGCAGCGCCUUUGCGGGACAAGUUCAAACGUUGAUUAAUCAAUUCACCGAAGGCAAAUCGGGGUUGUCAGCGUUUUUUCUUAGAGCGUUCAGCAAAAUUCUAGAAUGGACGGGUGUGGACGACUUGCGCCCGUUUGCAGCCACUAUACCUAACUUCAUGAAAGGAAUUGACAGCGCUCCUCAUCUUGUUAGAUCUAUCACAUUGGCAAAGAGUCCGUUGUUUAAGCAGUACCAGCGUCACCAAUAUGGCCAUUUGAAUAAAGAUCAAAAGAAAAUAUAUAAGAGUGCGAAGGCACAAGGAAAAUCUACAGACGCACCAAAGAAAUUCAAAGUAUAUGUAAGCGCAUUCAAAAGCGACAGCAACGAAGCAGAAUCGUAUCAAAAGUCUAUUCAGGCAGAAGAUCGUUUAACCGUUGUAGAUGCUGGGUUAGAUUUCAACUUGCCAUUUCCACCUCUGCUUCGACCCGAACGACACACUGACAUCUUUCUUACGUUUGACUACUCUUGGUACGGAUCUUUGGAGAAAAAUCCAUUGAAGAAUGUAUGGAAAGCCAUGACAUGGGCCAAGCGUCACGGUUACAAGUUUCCAGAAGUUCGUGCGGAUAUGUUUGAUGCCAAAAAUCCAAAGAAGUAUUACAUCUUAGAAGACAAGGAAGAUCCUGAUUGUCCUAUUGUCAUUCUGUUUUGUUUGUGCAACUCUCAUGAACAAGUCGAUCCAUAUUCCUCGGUUUACGACACUUUCAAUUUUGAAUACACUUUGGAUGAUGUCGUUCGACUCCAGGAGCUGUGUCAUGACAACACGACACUGGCCAUCGAUGAUAUCAAAGAUUGUAUCCGCAGGAAGAUGCAACUCUAACUUGAAAUGAUUUCAAAUCACUUCAAAUGAUGAGUAACAUGAACAAUUGCAGUUUUGUUGAAUUGCAUCAAAGGUCUGUGUAAUUGUUUCGCUCGCGCAGUGUAGAGUACUCUUCAACUUGUUGUCUAGCAAAGCAAAUGUUAUGAACUGCUGGAAUUGUUUGGUGCUAAGUAGCUAUAAAUUUACACUGUUUGAC